AUGGACUUUUCUGAUGAUCCAGCAGCUGACUUUUUGUCUCGCGAACGUGAACAACUUGGAGAUUUAAUUAACGACGAUGAAAUUCCAGCAAAUGAAUUCAACAUGUCCAAUGAUGAUUUUGAGCUUAUAAAUAAUGAAAUUAAUCAAGCAGAUUCACAAGCUAAUGAUUUGGCUGAUGACUUGUCAGGAAUGAGCUUUAUAUCAAGUCAGCCAAUUAAAACAGAAGAAAAAGUUGUUCCUGAAAAGAUCAGAAUUUGGACAGAGAAUACAAAAAAGAUGCUAGAAGAGAAGGAUCGUCUUGAACAAGAGGCACGAGAGGCAUUACGUGAAAGUGCUCAAAAGGAACUAGAUGAUUGGAAAAAUAAGUAUACAGAACAGCUCGAGAAAACAAAGGCAAUGAAUCGCACUGCCGAAGAGGAAUUCAGACAUUCUGAUACGAAUGGAACUACAGAAUCGAAAAAUGUAUGGGAAAGUAUUGUCAACUUAUGUGACUUUUCGUCCAAAGGACCUAAAAAUACCAAGGAUGCAACUCGAAUUAGACAAAUAUUCUUGCAAAUGAAGACAGCUCCUACAACAAAAGUUAAUUAA